CCAAUCUAUUCACAACCACAUCAUGAACAUCAAUCUAGAACAAUAUGUUCGAGAAUUCACUACGCGACAGUACCCUACCCAAGAGCAAACCAUCACAAACAACAAACAGAUUCUCUAUAAGCGGAAAAAGUUCUUUCUUCGAGAUUUGCGGGAAUCAAUUAGAACAAUUGAAAUUGUGCUCAUAGCGAUAAUAUACCUUCGUGAUAUUCUGUUGCUACGAUUGUUUAUAAGGGUUAUGAUUCAUUUCGGAAUAGUUAAUAUCCAUCCACCCGCGGGAAUUUCCAUUGAAGUAAGUGAAGCACAUAAGAAAUCAAUGAUUAAGAUUGCCUUGUUGAAUGUAAUAUCAGGGAAUAUAAUAUGUAUAUUAUUACAUUUACUUUUCGGUGUUCAAGAAGGAGGUACAUUGUACGGCGGCAUAUCUAUUGAAUUUAUCGGCGAAAGAGUUCCAUACAAUCGGUUUGAAUUAAUACUAUUGGAUUUAUUUGUAUUUUUCAUACAGUUGGUAUUUCACAACAUAGUUGGUGUACUUAAUGAUUCUGAAAUAUUGGAGUCACCACAACAGGCUACCGAGCUAGUAGAAUCUGGUUCGUUGGAUAGGGCUCAUAUUGAGGGUGAUGGAUAUGACGGAAAUGUAUUCUUGCUUUCGAUGGAUUUAAUUGGUAAUAUAAAACGAGUAUUGAGGCAUGAUAUAUACAUUCAACGAAUAGAUACUCCGAAUGUACAAGCACAAGAUAUCCCAGGUGCAUUCCAUAGCCGAAGUGUAUUUGUAUAGAUAAUUAUAGAAUAUACAUAGGCAUUUGUGGUCACGUGAUCAUUUCUGUUCGGUUGGUGCGAUGACCCCUCG